AUGGCCCUUGCAGUUGAUCGCCACCUUGCUAUCCUCGCUGGCAUUUCUCUUUCCUUUGUCGCCGUCAAGGCACUCAAGCGGUUCAUCAAAAAGCGACAGAAUAACGCUCCUCUUUCUCCUGGCCCAGUGUCCCUCCCACUGUUGGGGAGCGUCUUAUCUAUCGACGCUUAUGAGCCUUGGCUGACUUACACUGAAUGGGGUGCUGCGUAUGGGGACUUGCUCUUCGUGCGAAGUCUAGACGAGGAAAUGGUCGUGGUCAAUUCUCAGCACAUCGCAGAAGCCUUACUGGACAAACGUUCUCGAAUUUACUCAGAUCGACCAUACCUAGCAACACUCGUGCCAUAUGGGUUGUCGAUCAACUUUUCAUUCAUAGCUUAUGGCGAUGAAUGGCGUCUCUGCAGACGACUUUUCCACCAAACUUUUCGCCCCGAGUCUGCAGCAAAAUUUCGCCCAAUGCAAAUCAAGCGGGCUCGUGAGAUUAUCGUCAACCUGGUCGAUGACCCUGAAAAUUAUUACAACCACUUCGCAACAUUCUCGUUAUCUGUUGUGAUGUCAGCUGUGUAUGACUACGACAUCAGUGCUCGUGAUGAUCCCAUGGUGCAGACCGUGAUAAAGGCACUGGUUCCAGGCUUGACCUUGAUAACCCCGGAGAGAGCAUUAUUGCUCAAAACCUUUCCCUUCUUACUAAAGGUGCCUGACUGGUGCUGGGGAUCCUCGAUCAAGCGUAGUGCAAGAGGUUCGACGGAGCGCAUCAAUCAAAUGGCCGACAUGCCGUUUCGAUAUGUGCAGCAGCACAUGGCCGACGGUUCGUUGCUCGCUCGGUCUUCGAUGGUUGCAGAAAAUUUGCGACGGAUGGAGAGGCAAGAUGAGGCAUUCAAACCUGUAUUCGAGAAUGGAUUGAAGAAAGCAGCUACUACUGCUAUUAUAGCUUCAUAUGAAACGGUAACUGUCGGUGGAUCUUUUAUGGGACUAGAAUAA